UUAACACCGCAUUUUAUCAAAACAGGUCCUAACGGAUACGAACGUUGAUCUGCUUCGCAAACAUACAGGAAAGUCAGCGGCAUGGAUUUUGUCAUGUAAACUGCAGUCAAGGUUAUCAAAAACCACCAAAUACGCACGACGCCCUCACUAAAUCAAAACCUCGCCGUUUUUAAGCUCGAUACACCAAUGACGUCGAUGCAGGGUGCUGCAUGUAUUGGCGUCAGGGACCAGAUCUAGGGUUUUUUCUGGUCAUACAAGAACAAUGGUAAAGAACACAGGAAUUAGGGUUUCGGGCUGUCUUCUGAUCAUCUUGACACUCUCCUUUCUUAGUGGAAUUGCACCAUCUCUUGCCGAUCCGCGACGCCCAAAAAAUGUUCAGGUUUCGCUUCGAGCAAAAUGGUCGGGCACUCCUCUCCUCCUUGAAGCUGGAGAAUUACUUUCAAAGGAGUGGAAGGACUUGUACUGGGAAUUUGUUGAAGCUUGGCUUGGUAAAGAGACAGAUUCCAAUUCUUUAACAGCUAGAGGUUGCCUUCAAGAAAUUGUACAUCAUGGACGCAACCUUCUCAAUGAACCCUUGGCAUCUCUCUUUGAAUCCUCUCUCACUCUUCGGUCUGCAUCUCCGAGGUUGGUUCUUUACAGGCAAUUAGCGAAGGAGUCACUAUCCUCGUUCCCAUUAGGGGAGGAAACAAACACUAAGGACAUAAAUGAAUCUAUACCUGAGGAAGUCACAAGCUCAAAGAACAAAAAGUUGAACCAAUUACUCGUAAGCCAGAACCCAAAAUCUCUUGGAGGCAAGUGCUGCUGGGUAGACACGGGUAACUCCAUAUUGUUUGAUGUGUCCGAGCUUCGUUUGUGGCUUGAUUCACCCUCAAGAUUGUCUGAAGAUUUGUCUGAGCAACCGGAGCUUUUCGAUUUUGAUCAUAUUUAUUUUGAGUCAAGUAUCGGAAGUCAUGUAGUAAUUUUAUAUGGAGCUGUUGGGACAAACUGCUUUAAAGAGUUUCAUGUUGCACUUGUAGAAGCUUCAAAGAAGGGAGAAGUGAAGUAUGUGGUUAGACCUGUGCUUCCAUCUGGUUGUGAAUCAAAAGCUGGUUCUUGUGGUGCCAUCGGUGCUGGGGAUGCCUUGAACUUGGGUGGUUACGGAGUGGAGCUUGCUUUGAAAAAUAUGGAGUACAAGGCCAUGGACGAUAGUGCUGUUAGGAAAGGUGUCACUCUGGAAGAUCCUCGCACUGAAGAUCUCAGCCAAGAUGUUAGGGGGUUUAUAUUCUCUAAGAUCCUGGAGCGCAGGCCUGAUCUAACUACGGAAGUAAUGGCUUUUAGGGAAUUUUUGUUGUCUUCUACAGUAUCUGAUUCAGAUACUCUGGAUGUGUGGGAACUCAAGGAUUUGGGGCAUCAAACAGCUCAGAGAAUUGUUCAUGCGUCAGACCCCUUGCAGUCGAUGCAAGAAAUCAGCCAAAAUUUUCCUAGCAUUGUUUCCUCUUUAUCUCGAAUGAAGCUCAAUGCCUCUGUGAAAGAUGAAAUAUUAGCAAAUCAACGAAUGGUUCCACCUGGGAAGUCUUUAAUGGCACUGAAUGGAGCUUUAAUCAACGUUGAGGAUGUUGACCUUUACUUGUUAAUGGAUUUGAUACAUAAAGAAUUAUCUUUGGCUGACCAGUUUCUUAAUAUCAAGGUGCCUCGAAGUUCCAUAAGGAAGUUGUUGUCAUCGCCACCUCAUUCUGAAUCUAAUGGAUUUCGUGUAGAUUUUCGUUCUAGCCAUGUACAUUAUCUCAACAACUUGGAGGAGGAUGCAAUGUAUAAGAGAUGGCGAAGCAAUCUGAAUGAGCUAUUGAUGCCUGUCUUCCCUGGCCAAAUGCGGUAUAUUCGCAAAAAUUUGUUCCAUGCUGUUUAUGUAGUUGAUCCUUCUACAAUUAAAGGAAUUGAGUCCAUCAACUUAAUUUUCUCUAUGUAUGAAAGCCAUAUUCCUAUGAGAUUUGGAGUGAUACUAUUUUCAUCAAAAUUGAGCACAAAAAUUGAAGACAACGAGGGUGAACUUCCCAUUUGUUCUGGAGAGAAGUGUCAAAGUGAUAUGAAGGAAGAUAUUGGUAGUUUGAUUAUACGCCUUUUCCUUUACAUUGAGGAAAACUAUGGUACAACGUUGGCCUUCGAGUUUUUAAGAAAUGUGUAUAAAUUAUGGAGUGAUUCUGAAGCUCUUACUGAUGAAACGCUUGAAAUACAUCAAGUGGAAGGGGCGUUUAUUGAAACUCUAGUAUCAAAGGUUAAAUCACCACCAAAUGAUGUCUUACUAAAACUUGAAAAGGAGACUGUCUUCAUGGAUAAAGUUGAAGAAUCCACGCUUUCUGUGUUCAAGCUGGGACUAUCAAAACUAGGCUCUUGUCUCCUGAUGAAUGGGCUUGUCUAUGAGUCCAAUGAGGAUGCAGCCAUAAAUGCCAUGAAUGAAGAGCUCCCCAGAAUUCAAGAACAAGUUUACUAUGGACAUAUAGAUUCACGCAGAGAUGUCUUGGACAAAUUGCUUUCUGAGAACGGUUAUAAUCGAUACAACCCAGAAAUUACUGGUGAAGGGAAGGAACAAAAAAGAUUUGUACAAUUGACUCCAGCUGUUAUCAGGGGUGAAAAACUGAUCUUGGAUGUUUGUUACAUGCAUUCUCCUGAAACUAUGGAUGAUUUAAAGCCUGUCACUCAUCUUCUUGUUGUUGAUAUUACAUCCAGAAAGGGGGUGAAAUUACUUCGGCAGGGAUUGCAUUACCUGAUUGAAGGCUCCAAAAGGGCUCGAGUUGGUGUGCUAUUUAAUGUCAAUAGCACUUCGCUUUCAAAGAGAUCACCUUCUCUACUUCUAAUUAAAGCAUACGAAGUUACUGCAUCUCUGUUUGGCCAUCAUCAAAAUGCGCUCCAGUUUCUUAAUCAACUCUUUUCCAUUUAUGAGAGUGAAAUUCCCUUUCUAGAUGCUGAAGGAUUUGAAUUACUUAUUGAGAAGAUUUCGGAUUUAGCGAUGGCAAAUGGUUUACGGCCUGAAGCUUAUAGAUCCUCUUUAACAGAAGAUUCUCUUGAUUCUAUGAAGAGCCAUUUAGAAAAGGUGGCACAUUUCUUAUACAAGUUAGGUCUUGAGUAUGGGACAAAUGCUGUUAUUACUAAUGGCAGGGUUGUCCUCUCUACGGAUGGAGGUGCCCUCCUAAGUGAGGAUUUGGGCCUUCUAGAAUCUUUGGAGUAUGAGCAGAGGAUAAAAUCUGUGGCUUCUAUUAUUGAAGAAACAGAUUGGGGAGAUUUAGAUCCUGACCAUCUUACAAGCAAGUUUCUCAGUGAUCUUGUUAUGCUGAUUUCAUCUUCUAUGGCCCUCCGUUCACGAAGUCCUGAUGUAGCACGAUUUGAAAUUCUAAAUGCCAAAUACAGUGCUGUUAUAUUGAACAAUGAAAAUUCCAGUAUACAUAUUGAUGCGGUGAUUGAUCCUUUAAGUCCACUUGGUCAAAAGCUAUCUUCCCUUCUUCGCAUUCUUUGGAAAUGCAUUCGCCCAAGUAUGAGGAUUGUACUUAAUCCUUUGAGUUCUCUGGUUGACCUACCUCUGAAGAAUUAUUACAGAUUUGUAGUUCCAUCCAUGGAUGACUUCAGUUCUGCCGAUUAUUCAAUCAAUGGCCCCAAAGCUUUCUUUGCCAAUAUGCCACUGUCCAAAACUCUUACCAUGAAUCUUGAUGUCCCGGAACCAUGGCUUGUUGAGCCUGUUAUUGCAGUCCACGACCUUGAUAACAUAUUGCUUGAAAACCUUGGAGAUGUGAGAACUCUACAAGCUGUGUUUGAGCUGGAAGCAUUCGUUCUUACAGGUCAUUGCUCUGAAAAAGAUCAUGAACCUCCCCGAGGCCUUCAGUUGAUCCUUGGAACCAAGAGUGUGCCACACUUGGUUGAUACCCUUGUUAUGGCCAAUUUGGGAUACUGGCAAUUGAAAGUCUCUCCUGGGGUUUGGUACCUGCAGCUUGCUCCAGGCAGAAGCUCUGAUCUAUACAUGUUCAAAGGACAUGGAGAAGGAAGUAUGUCAAAAAAAAUUACAAUAGAUGAGUUGCGGGGUAAGGUGGUUUAUAUGGAAGUUGUGAAAAAGAAAGGAAAGGAACAUGAGCAGUUAUUGGCAAAUGUUGAUGACAAAAAUCAUAUGCAUGAAAAUAAGGGCAAUUUGAACACUUGGAACAUGAAUAUACUUAGAUGGGCAUCUGGUUUGAUUGGUGGUAAUGAGCAAUCAAAGAAGCAAGCAGCUCAUGUGGAGGAGUAUGGAAAGAUUGGGAGACGUGGGAAACAAGUUAAUAUUUUUUCAGUUGCUUCUGGACACCUAUAUGAGCGUUUUCUUAAGAUCAUGAUAUUGAGUGUUCUCAAGAACACCAAUCGACCUGUUAAGUUUUGGUUUAUAAAGAACUAUCUCUCUCCUCAGUUUAAGGAUGUUAUACCACAUAUGGCAGAACACUAUGGAUUCGAGUAUGAACUGAUCACCUAUAAGUGGCCCACAUGGUUACAUAAACAAACAGAAAAGCAACGGAUUAUCUGGGCUUAUAAAAUUUUGUUUCUCGAUGUUAUUUUCCCUCUUUCUUUGGAAAAGGUGAUAUUUGUUGAUGCAGAUCAGGUUGUAAGGGCAGAUAUGGGAGAACUGUAUGAUAUGGAUAUAAAAGGAAGGCCCCUUGCUUAUACACCUUUCUGCGACAACAAUAAGGAUAUGGAUGGUUAUAGAUUCUGGAGACAGGGUUUCUGGAGGGAUCACUUACGGGGAAAGCCAUAUCAUAUCAGUGCCUUGUAUGUUGUUGAUUUGCUGAGAUUCCGACAAACUGCUGCUGGAGAUCACCUGAGGGUAUUUUAUGAGACUCUUAGCAAGGACCCUAAUAGUCUCUCUAAUCUUGAUCAGGACCUUCCCAACUAUGCGCAACACAAUGUCCCGAUUUUCUCUCUCCCACAAGAAUGGCUUUGGUGCGAAUCUUGGUGUGGAAAUAGCACAAAGUCAAAAGCAAAGACCAUUGACCUCUGCAACAAUCCCAUGACAAAGGAGCCAAAACUUCAGGGUGCUCGGAGAAUUAUUUCAGAGUGGGUGGAUCUAGAUGGUGAGGCAAGAGCAUUUACGGCAAAGAUUCUUGGCGAAGAAACUGAAACACCAUCUGAACCUGUGUCUGGUCCUCGAACUGAGGCCAUUGCUACUGACUAUGCAGAAGAAGAUAGGGAGUCAAUGGCAGAGUUGUAAUCUCUCUCUCUCGGCUGGUUGGUUUUGAGGGAAAUCCCUCAAAUUUUUUUGAGGCUGCAUCAAAGUGUGUUCUCUCUCUCUCUCUCUCUCUCUCUCACACACACACACACA